CUCCACCGUUCCUUCUUCCACGGGUUCCACCCAAAUUCUCCUCUUCGUUUUCCCCCACAACAGAUUUCAAAUUUCCGCACACCCCUCCGCCGCCAUCCAUGGACUCCGACGACAUGGACGUCGACGAGAUGGACACCCCCUCCCCCUCCGGCUCCCUCUCCGCCCUCCUAUCCGAGCUCGCCGCCCUCCACGGCCGCUCCUCCUCCUCCACAGCGGAUUCCGCCUCCCCGCCCUUGUCUCUCCCUUCGCUCACCUUCCUCUCCUCAGCGGCCAUCCCCGCCUCCUUCUUCCCCCGCCUGGCUGCCGCCGGCCUCCCCGCCUCCUCCGUCCUCGCGCCUCUCACCUCCUCCUUCUCCGCCCACCCGCUCCCCGCCGCCACUGCCUACCUCCGCCUCCUCCUGGCCCCCGCUUCGCCCAUCGUCUCCCUCUUCUCCCCGCUCCCGUUCCUCUCCUUCCUCCUCGCCCUACGAAAGGCGGCUUCGUCCACCGCUGACGCCCACAACCCUAGCACCGGCUCCGGGAACGCCAAACCCCGCAAGCGCAAGAACCAGCGCCAGCCGGCGGCGCCGCGGUCCCCGUCCUUCCUCCCGGAGGCUCUCUCCCUGCUCGCCAGUGCCGCAGGGAGGCUUCCUCUUGGGUCGCACCCUGAUGCGCGGAGGUCACUCAUCGACACCGCUGCCGAGCUCACGGCCUUCGAUGUCCUCGCUGCCGUCCUCGGAUCUAACUACCAGGCUGAGGCGGUGCAGGAUGUGGUGCGUGCGCUGGCUCCUGUGGCGAUCUCUGGCACGAAGUCGUCUGCGCGGGCGGCUGCAGUGGAAUUCUUGGUUACAAAGGUUGUGCCUUUGGGUGCAGUGGGAGGGGAGGAGGCAAACAGGAAGGUGGUGAGAUACCUGCCCAGGUAUUUGGCUAUGAAGGCGCCAGAGAAGUCGGACGCGAGAGGGCUGGCGGUUGAGGCGAUAGUUGAGGUGGUGCGGGCAAUGGAGCCACGGGAAAGGGAGGACUUCGCUGCGUAUAUGGUGUCAAUGGCAAGGGGUAAGGCAAAGGGACGGCUGUUUGCUGUGGAUAUGGUCCUGGCGAUACUGCCGGUGCUGCUGCAAUCAGAAGCGGAUGAAUUUGGUCUGGAGGAGGGCUCUUGGGGUCUGAAGUGUGUCCAGGUAUUGGUAGAGAGGUGUUCGGAUAUGGUGGGAGGUGUCAGGGCUCGGGCCUUGACAAAUGCAGCCCAUGCGCUUGAUAUUUUAUCUGAAAGAGGUGUGGAGGUUGAUCGGUUGCAGGAGGUGAUGAUGAUCGGAAACAUGGGUCUAGGGGAGCUGUUGAGGCGACGGUGCAUUGAUGAUAAGGCUGCUGUGAGGAAGGCUGCACUUGUGCUCAUCACAAAGGCAAUUGGCUUGAUUGGCAGGCCUGUUGAUGAGUCGCUACUCAGUGCAAUGGGGGCUGCGUGCUCUGAUCCGUUAGUCAGCAUCCGCAAGGCGGCUCUUGCCGCCAUCUCAGAGGUGUUCCGGAAAUUCCCAGAUGAGAGAGUGACAAAAGAGUGGCUUCAGGCUGUGCCAUCUCUGGUGACUGACAGUGAGUCUAGUAUCCAAGAGGAAUGCGAGAACUUCUUUCUUGAACUGGUUCUGAACAGGGUAUGCCGAGCUGCCAAUUCGCACCUAGAUGAUGAUUCGGUCAACUUGGAGGAUGUUUUUCCAGAAGGGACACUGGAUUUGCUGAAAAGCAUAUGUGAUGGAGAGGUUGCUCCAUGCAUAAAAAGGAUAUGUGCAAGCCUUGGGAAGAAGAAAAAGCUGAAACCAUUGCUUGCUAGUUCACUCCAGAACAUCGUAACAAUAUCUGAAUCCUUGUGGUCGAGAAGUUCUAAGCCAAUUGAGGAAUGGACUGCACCAACUGGGGCUUGGUGGCUUCUUGCUGAGGUCUCGUCAUUUGCACCUAAAUCAGUUAACUGGAAGUUCCUCUCUCACCACUGGAAACUCCUUGAUAAUGUUGGCCAAGAAGGCAGAGGUAAAGCUUAUUCUAAAGGGGAACCAAAAUCUGCGCUCUGGGCUGUGGAUCGUGUUUCUCUCCUGCAAACUAUUUCAAAUGUCUCCAUGGAGCUACCUGUGGAACCUGCAGCAGAGCUGGCACACAGCCUGCUCACGCGGAUUGAGGAUUUUGAUAUGCACCUGAGUGAGGUUGAUGCCCAUGUAAAAUCGCUGAAAACUUUAUGCAAGCGGAAAGCAAAAACAACCAAAGAAGGUGAAGCACUAGUACUGAAGUGGGCGCAGCAACUUAUAUUGAAAGCAGUUAACAUUCUAGAUGGCUACAUAAAAGGGACAUCAGAAGCUUCCAGGGGUUUUAGUUUCCAUACACCUCUGACUGGAAAACUUAAUGGAAGAGCAGAGGCAUCCAUAUUGAAGUCGGCGGCGCAGGCUGUUGUUGUUGUCUUCACCGUUGGUUCACUGAUCCUAGCUUGUCCCGAUACUAGUGUGCAACACAUCAUUCCUUUGCUGCACACAAUCAUAACCUCUGGAAACUCUGAGCCAAGGCCAAAAAACCUUGCUGGUGGAGCCGUGUCUUUCAAAGAGUUAGCCCCAUCUUUAUAUAUACAGUCGUGGGAUACAAUGGCAAAAAUAUGCCUUGUGGAUGACAAACUAGCAAAACGAUAUAUUCCACUUUUUGUUCAGGAGCUUGAGCGGAGUGAUAUGGCUACCCUUCGGAAUAAUAUCAUGAUUGCAAUGGCAGACUUUUAUGUCCGUUAUACUGCAUUAGUUGACUGUUAUAUGUCGAAAAUAACAAAAUCAUUGCGUGAUCCCUGUGAAGUUGUACGGAGACAAACAUUUAUCCUACUCUCAAAGUUGCUGCAGAGAGACUACGUAAAAUGGAGAGGAGUGCUUUUCCUUCGGUUUCUGCCAUCUUUAGUUGAUGAAUCAGAGAAGAUUAGGCAUUUGGCUGACUUCCUUUUUGGGAGUAUCCUAAAAGCUAAAGCGCCACUUCUUGCAUACAACAGUUUCAUAGAAGCUAUCUUUGUCCUGAACAAUUGCACAGGACAUGGUGGAUAUAGCGAGUCUCAAGGUUCAGACAAAGGACCCACCCUUUUUGCAAUACGCGGCACUGAUGAAAGGUCAAGGUCAAAAAGAAUGCACAUAUAUGUCUCCUUGUUGAAACAAAUGGCGCCGGAGCACCUUCUAGCUACAUCAGCCAAGUUAUGUGCUGAGAUCUUGGCAGCUGUUUGUGAUGGCUUACUUAGUGUUGACGAUGCAGCUGGAAGGGCUGUACUUCAGGAUGCUUUACAAGUAUUGGCUUGCAAGGAGAUGCGCAUCCAUCCCAACAUCUGCACAGAUAAUUCUGAGAUGGACGAUGAAGGCGGAGAUGGUGGGUCAGCCAGUGCCCUCCUCGCGGCCAAAGGGAGGGCAGUUACCCAGGUGGCGAAAAAGAACCUGAUCCAGAUCGCGGUACCGAUAUUCAUUGAGCUCAAGCGGCUGCUGGAGAGCAAGAACAGCCCCCUCACUGGGUGCCUGAUGGAGUGUCUGCGCGCCCUGCUCAAGGACUACAAGAACGAGAUCGACGAGAUACUGGUGGCGGACAAGCAGCUCCAGAAGGAGCUCCUCUACGACAUGCAGAAAUUCGAGGCAGUCAAGGGGAAGUCAUCCAGGGACGCAGAGGCUGGGCCCAGUGGGAGCUCCCCGACUGCGCAGGGUAAUGUUCCUGACGGCACAGCACCCUGUGAUGUUGCUGCGAAAGCCACUGUGCGCUCAGUGCUCAAGGAGAUGAAUCGGAAGACGCCAACGCCACCACUGCAUUCGAUGAGCGUUCCCAAGGUGAAGUCGAUGCUGGGCCCUGGAGCGAUGAGUGGCUCGCGCCGUCCGGCUGUUCUCGAGUCUGUGAGGCGGUUGGAGCCGUUUGAGUCAGACGAUGAGAAUUAGCAUCUUCAUCUGAUGUUCAGUCCAACUUGGGUUGGUCUAACCGUCAGCUUAGGUAGGAUAAAUGUUCAAACGGUCCAUCCUCUCAAUGAGUUCUUUUCUACGCUCAUCAUAAUGGGAAAGAUGAAAUGAUUUCAAUGAGUUCUCUUCCUCCCAAUGGAACCUGUAUCUACUUUCAACAAGCAAAUGUUUUGAGCAAUA